UAUUAUUAUUUCUGACUGUGAUGAAGAUGAAUGUUCGACCAAAAGUCCAAAUGUCAAACCCGCGUCUCUGAAACGUCAAACCAUCAAACUCGCAGUCCGAAGGUCAAAAGUCCUUCGUGUUGUACUGUCGAUUAAGAAACUUCUCAUAAGAUCGGCCAUUGUUGGUGUUCUGUUAUAACGAUUAAGAUGACUCAAGUCUUUGUGUACGGCACACUGAAGAGUGGCCAACCCAACUACCACAGGAUGCUCGAUGCUGCCAAUGGUAAAGUGGAAUUCCUCGCACAAGCUCGCACAGUGGACUCAUACCCAUUAGUGAUCGCCACUCAAUACAACAUCCCCUUUUUGCUAAACGUCCCUGGGAAAGGUCACCAUGUCCGAGGGGAGAUUUAUAGUGUAGAUGAGAAGAUGCUGAAGUUUUUGGACUGGUUUGAAGGUUGUCCACACAUGUACCAGCGGACACUGGUCAAACUGGAGGUGGAGGAAUGGGUCGGUGAAGGUGAAAACAACCCAAAGUCUGGAAGCAUCGUCGAGACGUUUGUGUACAGCACAACUACUUACAAGCCAGAGUGGCUCCAGAACCCAACAUAUGAGAACUACGAUUCUUAUGGUGACCACGGACUGGAAUAUGCAUAUCAAGAAGAUAGAUGCCCCGAAUUAGAUUAAGCAAUCCAUGUAAACUCUUGAUAAUUCUUAUGAGAUGGCCUUUUCUCAUACAAAAGGGUACAACUUUUAUUCCCAUAGAGAAUGAUCAAUCAAUAAACAGAAUUUCUAAUCAAUACAAUAGCUACAGGCAUCACAUUUUAGUUGGCCUAAUAUCCAACACUUUAAGUAAUGCAGUGUUUCCCAUUAAUUACCCACCACAAUCUAAUUUGUCCUGCCACAGUUUUAUAAUUAAACAAAAAUAUUUUUUUACACUUCUCAUAAUAACAUAAAAGAUCUCUAAAGUUGUGUUUUGCGGCGUUGCUUCAGCAAAGCAUCUCUCACUCCCAGUCAGUCAGCACUGACUGACUGACCCCCUGCUCGCGCAUGCUCUGUAACAUUACUGGAACCAAAUAUCUAACAUUAACGUUAUCACCAGUGGCUUAAUUCUUGUCUGGGGCAAGUGGAUUUUUGAUGGGGAAUUUUUACUUGCCUGACCGGACAAGCAGACUGAUUAAAACAUCAAUAACAAAAAAAUAACCAGCUAUAUUUGUGAUAGCCUACAGGCCUGUGUCACUUAUUAGAAAGUUCAUAUUCUUAUUCUGCUGUUGAAAGUAAUCCAGAGCACUUAAUUUUAUAAUUAGCUAGCGAUCUAGUAACAGCUGCACCCUUUUUGAUUGACAGGUGGUGUAUGUGUGUGCUGAACAUGCAUGUUUCGAAAAUGCUUGCGCUAAUGCGCACAUGGACGGUUAAAUACUUAUAAAAAAAUCUGCCAAAAUUACAGUCUUGGUGAAGUAUACAAGAGAGUGAUGUCAAAAGUGAACGUAAACAGCUGAGAAAAAAGCAGAUUUGUAUUCAAAUAUCGGACUUGUAAGUGUAAAUGUAAGUUAAUAGACCUGCUGCUGUCUAAUGUGUCAUUAUAAUAAUCAAACAAACAUAAGAAAAUGAGAAAGCAGUCACUACUUUUGACUGGGUAGCUCUAAAAAGUAUUAAUGUAUAAUCAUACAGUAAAGACAGUAGUUUUAAAGUAGUAGUUUUAUGCUGUAUUUCAUUUAGAAUUUGUACAUGAAUGCUUGAUAGCCUACUGCUGUUAAACACUUUUAAAGCUGUUAAAAAGCACUGAAUUUUCUGAAUUUGUAUUUUUUGUUCUAUUAUUUCGAAUCAGUUUUUUAUUGUUUUUUUAUUACUGACUGUUUACUAGUCUUGAAUAAUUACUUCAGAAAUUGAAACCAUUCUUCCAUAAUUAAUAUAUUAGUUAGUGUUAUUAUUUGUUGUGGUUUUGAAGCUACACUUGAGUCAUCAGUCAUAGUUUUAGAAAAAUAUUCAACAUGGUUUUGACAUGUUACUUGAGCAUGCAAUUUAAAUGUCCUUUUUUCUCUCCUGACAAGUAACUUUUACUCAGACAAGUGUAUGACCAAUUUACUUGUACGAAGGACAAGCACAUGACAAUGCAUAAUGUCGAGCCCUGGCUCAAAUGUAUGCUCUUGUCGAUAAAAUUUUUUGACCAUUUGUAAACUACAUUAAACUCUGU